CUUUGUUUACGUGGUGACGUGUACCCGGAUGACAUGUUAGCUGGACCAUCCUGACAGGAGCCACGCUAUCUAUGAAUGACAGGCUUUAGGAGUGUUUUCUUAUUUUCUGCCAGUUUAUUCUUGGUCCGGCCGACCUAUAUGGGCCGUGUUGUCACAUAUUUACAUUAGCUACCUUCAGAUAGUCAAACAAAUGCUAAACAAGAGCUAGUUUAGCUUGUAUUAGCUGUCACGCCAUCACCGUCAGAGACAUCCUGCUGCGGACAGGUCGGUCUUACAUGAGGUUGCUGUUGGUCCACUAAAGCAAUGGCCAGUCCAAAUGAUCUACAAUUCCAAGAGUUUGAGGAAGCAGCAGAGCUGUUGUCUGCAGACCCGGGGGCGUCCACACUCGGUAUAUCUGCCUCAAACACCGCCAACACAGCGGCGGCAGCAGCAGCAGCGGGAGGAGGAGGAGGAGGAGGAGGAGAGGAUGUGAAAUUAGACCUAUCAGAUGAUGAGGAGGGUCAGGAGGAGAGCUCAGAGCUCUUAGGAGGACAGAAACCAGCUGGUGGCUUCUGGACCUUUGAGUACUAUCAGUCUUUCUUCAAUGUGGACACAGUGCAGGUACUGGACAGAGUUAAGGGGUCAGUCAUGCCGUUACCUGGAAGGAACUUUAUCAAACACCACCUUAGGAGUAACCCAGAUCUGUACGGUCCAUUCUGGAUCUGUGUGACUCUAGUGUUCUCAGUAGCAAUCAGCGGGAAUCUGUCCACGUUCCUCAGCGAGAUGGGAAACCCUACGUACCACUACAGACCACAGUUCCACAGAGUAACAAUAGCUGCAGUAGUGAUCUUCAUGUACGCCUGGCUGGUGCCGAUUGGUUUAUGGGGUUUCCUGACCUGGAGGCAAGGGGCUGAGAGGCAGAUUGGAGGCUACUCCUUCCUGGAGACUGUGUGUGUCUAUGGCUACUCCCUCUUUAUCUACAUCCCCACCUCGGUUUUGUGGAUCAUACCAUUCGAGUGGUUGCGCUGGACACUGAUCCUGGUUGCCAUGGUGAUCUCUGGCUCAGUCCUGGUCCUCACCUUCUGGCCCGUCGUCCGUGACGACACCAAGGUGAUGGCAGUCGCUACAGUUGUGACCAUAGUGGUUUUACACACGCUGCUGGCAAUCGGCUGCAAGAUGUACUUCUUCCAGACGGCUGUACACAUACCAACACCGGCCCCAACAACCCCCCCAAUUCACAUGACACUGGCCACCAAAUCCCACUGACCAAUAAGCAGGAGGAGUGUCUGUUUUCAUUGGGAAUCACAUGCAGAUAUAAAAUCAUGUACAGACAUGGCUGGUUGAGGCAAUGUUUAUUAUUGCCGUCGUGUGAUUUCAUUUGUGAUUUGCUCCCCUGAUGAAGUGUUGGGAUGGGUGUGUGCGGUUGUUUGUCUAAUUUAUCCUGAGGUUGGUUUUACUGUGACUGAAGUAGCACGUGUUCACUGCAAUAACUGUAGAUUUCGACUGUGACGUAUCAAGAUGUGGUGCAUCUCAGCGGUCUGGCACGGCUUCCUUAACUCUGUGAUUCCCCUCGUUACAUUAGCGAGAUUCAAACACAAGUUCAAAAACAGAAGAGAUUAUGAAAGACUCAUCAGUAGAAGAGAAGAGCAGUGACACAAAUCCAAAACCCAUGUUGUUGCAAAUCAUUACUUCUUGUGAGAUAUCAGAUGGACAACAACUGAGACGGAACAACAGCCAAGAAAAUGACAAAGCCCCUCAUGUGCGUGAUCAUGCUCUUCUCUCGCCUUGUGCAAUAGUGACUUAAUUUGUGUGGACAGUAAUAUGAUUCUUUUCAUUCAUUUUCAUUUGCUGAAUCUGAUCAUUUUCAAUUAUUUGUUCAUGAAAUAUCAGAAAAUAGUGAAAAAAAUUCCCAUUAAAAUUUCCCAAUUUGACCAACAUCAUGUCUUCAAAUUAAUAGCCAAAAGAUAUUCAAUUUAAAAUGAUAUAAAUCAGAGAACUGUGUGAAAUUUUAUUUUCAUUAUUAAUGAUUUUUCA